GCAAACCCUCCUCCCCCUCCUCGCUUCCUCCAUUUUUGGACACCGACUCCGAUCGAACGAGCCACUCAUCGGCCUCCGCCCCCUUUUUAAUUCCGAUCGUCGCUUCGGAUUUCGAUUCGGCCUCUCUCUAGAACGAGCAGCGACGAACUCAUCGAUCGACCGAUCCCGCCGAUCUCCGCCGUGAGCAGGUCUUCGGCACCGAUCGCCAUGGCGAGGCCCUCGAAGCAGCAGGCGUCGUCCGACAGGCCCUGUCGGACGGGUCCGAGGAGGAGGAGUAGCCGCAGCUCGACGAGCCCGUCAACGAGGAGGACGAGGAGGAGCUCGAGGCCGUCGCCCGCUCCGCCAGCUCCGCCGACGAGGACGACGCCGCCCCCGCCGCCGACGACGACGCCGACGAGAAUGCCGAGGCCGAGGAGGAGGAGGACAAUGAGGAAGAUAAUGGUGAAACAGAAGUUAGCAAGAUGAAAAGGCCAGGAUUCGUGAAAUGCAAAAGUUGAAGAAUCAGAAGAUUCAGGAAAUACUGGAUCAGCAAAAUGCCGCUAUUGACGCUGAUAUGAAUAAUAAGAGAAAAGGGCGGUUGAAGUAUCUUCUGCAGCAAACUGAGAUUUUUACUCAUUUUGCCGGAGGAAACCAGUCCGCUUCACAGAAAAUUAAAGGAAGGGGUCGUCAUGAAUCUAAAAUAACUGAAGAGGAAGAGGAUGAAGAAUGUCUUAAGGAGGAAGAAGAUGGCUUGUCUGGUACGGGAAACACACGGCUGCUGUCACAACCCUCUUGUAUACAAGGAAGAUGCGGGAUUACUAGCUUGCUGGAUUGAAUUGGCUCAUAAGAUUGUAUGAGAAUGGCAUUAACGGAAUACUUGCAGAUGAAAUGGUAGGUCAUGGGCUGCAGCAUUUAGACGUGUGCAGUAUGGAAGCUGGAAAGGCUAGAAGAUGCAGAUCUCAGAGAAAAUUUGCUAAUAGAAAUUCCAAUGAUAUCUUGGAGAUGUUCAUCAUGUAAGAUCUUGAAAUUGACAUAUGCUGAGAUAACCAAUUAUCGAGGCUCCUAGAAAGUCUUAUAUGUCUACAAUAUUCAUACCGAGUUAAUGAUGGCAUUUCUGGUCUCUCCAACUUGAAAAGCUUGAGAGAUUCGUCCUUGGCUAGCCAAUAACUCUCUUCCCCCAGUUGACUAGGAACUUGAAAAGAUUGUGGAAGAUUCUAUCCCCAGUGGAUUGGUAGGUUAAACAGACUGGAGUCUUUAAAGUUGUCCUCUUCGAUAAUGACCACCUUAUCGCAAGAUAUUCCGCAACUUUCUCAUCCCUAGAGAGUUGAACUCUGUCGGGAAUGUUUGUAGUGCCUCCCGAGGCUUCCCUCAAGUUUACCGUCCAUAUGUAUUAGACAUUUCCUAUCAGUGGGUACAUUAAUAGACCUAUCAACCUUGAAGAAACUGUAAGAACUUCUAAUUGA